AUGAAUCCUAAGGAACCUCUUGUGGAAACUGAAACCCCAUCACGUCCGUGGUCCAUUAUAUCAGCUGAUCUUUUUGAGUUUCAGGGACACUCAUACUUACUUUGCGUUGAUCACUUCUCAAAGUGGCCUGAAUUUGCUAAAUUUGAAUACCAAACUAGUGGCAACACCAUUUUACAUUUGAAAAGCAUCUUUUCACGUUAUGGGAUACCCGACAAAUUCAUAUCGGACAAUGGUCCCCAAUUUUCUAGCGAAUCCUUCAGGCAAUUUUCAGGGGAUUAUAGUUUCAUUCACGUAACUACAAGCCCACACUUUCCGCAGGCAAAUGGACAGAUGGAACGUACUGUACAAACAGUUAAACAACUUCUACGCAAUUGUUCUGUUCCAUACAAAGCCGUACUUGCUUACAGAAACACUACAAUUGACAUGCUAGGAAUGUCCCCAGCACAACUCUUCUUUGGUAGACGUCUCAAGACUGACUUACCUGUAGCAUCACCACUCCUGGAAUCUACAAUCAUUGGCAUGCAAGAUAUUCAAGAACGCCUUAAAACCCGCAAAUACCAACAAAAGCUGAACUUUGAUGCACAUGCUGGAAAAGAGUUGCGUGAUCUUUAUUCUGGGGAGGCCACUGUCAUGCGCCAUGAAAACAAAUGGACUCCUGCAGUAGUUGUGCAACAACACAAUUCUCCAAGAUCUUACAUUCUUGAAACACAGUCCGGUAAACGCUACCGCCGCAACAGACGCCACAUCCGUCCGACUUCCGCAACAAUCUCAGGCGAACCCAAAACUGAAGAUCCUCUUGAUCUAGCUCCAGAGAGUAUGGAUACACCAUGCAAACCGAACACUCCUUGUAAUGCUUCACUUGAAAAGCCAAUGCCGGAAAUCGAACCUCAUGAACAACCUGUAUCGGAUCCAAACAAAAUCUGCACUCGAUCUGGGAGGAAUGUAGUGUGUCCUCAGAGAUUCAAGGAUUUUGUGAAAUAUUAG